AUGAAGUUUGUUUCUCUUGCUCUUGCUGUUAUGCUCCCUGUGGCUUCCUUGGCUGGAGCGGAAACUAGUCAUGGUCUCGAGAAGCGAGACGUUUCCGCUAAAACCGUGGUCGAUGGUCUUGCCUAUAGACAUUGCCCGAACACAGCAUGCACUCUUAUGGGUCGACUUAGCGCGGGAACUGCUCUGCAUCUAUAUUGCUACACCAGAUCAGGAACAACCGAGGUGCAUGGCGACUACGGCUGGGCCCGGAUAUCUCGACCCGCAAAUCUCGCGAACUCCUGGGUGGCUCUUGCCAACGGUGACUAUGUUACGUGGUAUAAAAGUCUCGGGACCUGGAUUAGCUACGGAGCUGACCUUCAACUGCUUUGUAUCGCUGUUCUACCGUAUUAUUUGCUGUAUUAG